UAUAAUUAACACUAUCUUUUUGCAUCAUAACAUUGAAACGCGAAAACCACACGCUGAGUAUUCUGAAAAAUAUAUAAUAAAGACCACGCGAAGUCCAAUGUCCGUUAGUUGCGUGUUCACAAAUGUACUAUCUUUUACGGAUCUAAUGGAGUAUCUAUGAAACAGCCAAUAAAAAUCAGAGAAUUUUCAAAUAUUAUAUUUCAUAAAAAUUCUUAUCAAGAAUAAUUAAUUUUUUUUUUAUAGUUAUCGUGGUGCUUAGUGAAUAAGAUACUAAAACUAUGUCAUACACAACAUUAAAUUAAUGUUAUAAAUCAUUGUCGCUGAUUGGUCAGAUUUAAUUCAAAUUUAACUCAAUAUAUAUCAAACGCACCUAUCAUCUUCCAGAGUGAAUAUUACCGUAUAUGAUAGAUUUAAACGAUUUUUUAUUUGGCAUCUUAUUAUUUUAUAACCUUAUUUUUCUAUUUUGAGAUUAAAUAUAAUAAAGAUAUAUAAACGCGAACUUAAUCUUAAUGUUAAGUAAAAAUUAAAGAUGUGGAUAUUCGUUGGUAUGCUUUAAAUGUUAUUAAAAUAAUCGAUCAAUUUUGGACAAAAAGGCAUUAAUUAAAUAAUGGAAAUGAAUAAAUUUAUGAUCGAGUCUGCGACUCGUGAGACUCUCAGUGAGAACGAAUUUUUGAUUUCUUUAGAAAACAUUUUAAAAUCUAUCGAGGACAAACUUGAAAAAUUCGUGAAGAGUGCUCCAAAACUUUUGACAGAUCCCGAAUUGGAGUCUGGAUUACGUACUAUAGAAAUUGAAGGAGAAAAGAUACACGACUUUCUUCGUUCGGUUGUUCAACCUUAUUUAAAUAGUAGAAAAGAUGAAACGGAACCAGACCUUCAAUACAAAUACGAACAAAUGGAAGAACAAUUACACAUUCAGACUACCGAAUUAGAGAAAGCAAUCGAAGAAAUCCAAAGCCUUAAGAUCCAAAUAUUAAACCAAAGCAAUUUUUGCGCGAGUUUAGGCGCAGUAUUGGGAAAUUUAGCGUGGCGUGCUUCUCGAUUUCCAGAAAUCGUCGAUAUUUGGUUGUCAGGUCUCCAGAAUAAAGUAAGAGAGUUCCUGUCGAUAGUGAGCGGAAGUUUCGUGGCAUUUAUAAGCACGUACGAAACGGGUAUACCGCCUACGAACAACGUCGAGUAUCAGUUUGUGUUAGGAUUAUUGGGUAUUGUCACGAAUAUAUCGUCGAUACCGAAGGGCAGAGAGUUCCUCAUUACCAAUCAGAAUGGGAGGGAUCUCGUUGAGAAAAUUAUCAAAUUUAUGCCUAAUUUCUUCCCGAUAGCAUCGGGAAAGCAUUCGCUAAUGAGAUUGAUGCUGAUGAUAUUGUAUAACGUGAGCAUGAACAAUACCGGUUUAAGCUGCUUGUUCGAGUUUCGCGUGGCUGAAGUUCUCAGUCGCUGCUUGGAAGAGGAUACUUUAUCGGAAGAAUUGCAGCUGUUAUGCCUGCGCAUUCUCCAAUCAAUUACCUACAAUCUUAAAGAUCCGAAAUAUAUCGAGGACCUGACCACGUCGAUUUCUAUUAGGAAUAUUAAGAAUAUUGCUAUCAACGGACAAAGCGAAACGAGUUCCGUAGCGAAAGAAGUUAUUAAACAAUUGCAAGAGUCCUUAAGAUCCAAAGUGAUUUAAUGAAUAAAAAGAAAGAAAAAGAAAAAUGUACAAAAUAUAAUUGAUCGUUAUUUAUAUAGCCUUUUUAAAUAUUUUUUAUAAUGAUUAAUAUUUACGAUACGAACGGUAAUAAUGAUUCGAAUUCGUUUGGAAGUAGUACAACGACCUUUGUCUCAUUUAAGAGUUAAUACAACGAAAAAAUCGUACUCUGACAAACAGUCUGAUUCACUGUUCUUUCAUCUUAUAGAAAUAUAUAUGCAUACGUAAUCUCUUGCUUCGUCAAAGGAAGCGGUUGGAUCUGCACUGUUAUCGAACGUGUCUCAAAUUCUUUGCUUUACGGUAUGUACGUAUUUCUCGUGUAUGUGGGCCUAUGUAGAACUAGAUUCUCGUAUCAGCAGCGCGUUGCAGUGAAAUACAUAUAAUGUACUGCGCAAAUAAUACCACCAGUUGGUAUACCGUAAAUUUAUAUCUAACAAACUAUCUCUUACGACGAGUCCACAUUAUCAAACACAUAUAUAAUAUAUAAAUAUUUAUCAUACAUUUUCCUAUGUAUUACUCAAUACCAUUCUAAAUUAUGAAAUAUCAAAGUGUCGUAAUAUAAAAUUUAAUUAAAUCGAGGUACUUAAUGUUUUCGAACUGCAUUGUUUAAGAUGAAUUAAAAAAGACGACAAUAAAUGAAAAUGUAUAAGCAUCGAA